AUGUGUUGGUUAGCUGUAGCCUUUGUUCUGCUCUUCCACGGCAAUGGCGGUUGGUGUUGUCCCCGCCCUGAAAGAGAUUACCUUUUGCGUUUCAAGGAUUCUGUUGUUGAUCCCUCCAAUCAAUUGCUCAACUCAUGGCAUGGUUUCAACUGUUGUGAGUGGAAUGGAAUCCAAUGCCAUCCUCACACACAUCAUGUCAUUCGACUCGAUCUCCACAGUUCCGAUGAUGCUCGAUAUGGUGAUAGUCCUAAUCUCGAAAUGCCUCUAAAUAAUUUAGCUGGGGAUGUUCUUUCCCCAUUGUUCAAUCUGGAACAGUUGGAACACCUGGAUCUCAGCUGGAAUAAUUUCUCUGGAGUUCCCAUCCCUCCUGGAUUGGCCAGACUCAAGAGUUUGCGCUACUUGCACUUAUCAGAGGCUGGAUUUAGUGGAGAUAUUCCCAGGGAGCUGGGGAACAUGUCUACUUUGUACUACUUGGAUCUCUCUUACAAUGAUCUGAGAAUGGUGGACGUGCGGGCGUGGACGGGAAAUAUGAGAGAUUUACGGGAGCUCAUCCUGGACAAUGUGAACAUGUCAAGAGUGGACAGCAAUGAGUUGGACAACGCUCUCUCCACCAUGUACGCUCUCACCCGUCUUCAAAUGUACGAGUGUGAUCUUUCUGGAGAAUCUCCCCCUUCCCUUGCCAACCUCACCAAUCUCACCCACCUCGAACUUGGUAGGAACGGUUUUACUGGUAGCAUCCCUUCUGCCCUGCUGAGCCUUCCAAGACUGCAACUACUGGACUUGUCCUAUAACUACCAUCUGGGAGGGAAGCUGUCAAGCAUUCUACCCCAACACUCUGCUUCCCUUCACACCCUUGAUCUUUCAAGCACAGCAGUGGGAGGAACCAUUCCGGACUCUGUUGCCAACAUUUCCUCGUUAACUGUCUUGCAUCUCUCAGGCUGCCGUGUUGAAAGUAUACCGAUUACUAUGGCAAAUCUCACAGCGCUUAGAGAAUUGGAUCUCGGUUAUAACAUGUUAAGAGGCCACAUCCCGCCGUUUGGGGAUAGACCUCAGUUGGGAAGACCUUAUCCUUUGGCCUAUAUUGAUCUAUCCCAUAACCAGUUGGAUGGUCCCAUUCCCCUAAUGCUGUUGGCUGCAUUUACGAAUCUCCAAUAUGUCGAUUUGAGUUACAAUCAAUUGAGUGACAGUAUUCCGUCCCCCGCCAGUACGCUUCACUACCUUGCAUGGCUUCAUCUGAGUUGCAAUGCAUUGACGGGUAAAAUCCCUUCAUUGGCUAAACUCCCGUCCCUUGUCCAACUUGGCCUGAGUGAUAACCAUUUGAGUGACAAAAUACCCCUUUCCAUUGGCCUACUCUCAUCUCUCGAAUUGCUUGAUCUAAGCAACAACAAUUCAGAAGGUGCCAUCCCUCUCGACAUUUCCAAUCUUCCUAAACUGAACAGCCUGUACCUGUACUCCAACCGGUUAAGUGGGACUUUUUCAGAGUCUCACCUUGAUAAUCUCAGCGAACUUGUCUAUUUAGACAUUUCCGAUAAUCUUUUAACUGCCAGGUUCAGUCCAACAUGGAUUCCAAGAUUCUCUUUGACAGUGCUGAGAUUAAGUUCAUGUAACGUGGAAGGCGGUCUUCCAACAUUCCUAAUAACUCAAUAUCGGGUUCACAAAGUGGAUUUGUCCAACUGCAGCCUUACAGGAAAUAUUCCCCAGUGGAUAUGGGGUGUCAAUUCUCUUCUGAAUCUCAAUCUUUCUCAUAAUCACUUUACAGGAUUUCUGCCUCAUUCGGUGAUGGGAAGUCGAUUGGGGAGUCUGGAUUUGCAUAGCAAUAAUUUACAAGGGCAGCUUCCGCUCCUUUCUGAUGUCCUGUUGUAUCUGGACGUGUCAGAGAAUCAACUCAGUGGAUCCAUUCCAACAGAAUAUUCUGGUCUUGCAUAUCUGUUUCUCUCUCGAAAUUAUCUCAACGGCACCAUUCCACCGUCUAUAUGCCAAAUAAAGAUUGUGGAUCUCUCAAAUAACAAGCUUACAGGUAAGAUUCCUGCAUGUUUGAAAAAUAGCUCUUAUAUUGAGAUUUUGAAUUUAGAGAACAAUUGUUUGGAGGGCAAGUUGCGACGGGGGCUUGGAGACAUGCUUUCUCUUCAAACAUUAAAAUUGGGUGGAAAUGGACUGAAGUCGUAUAUCCCAUCCUCUCUUGCAAACAGUAAGGAGUUGGAGAUACUAGAUUUGAGCAAUAACAGAAUGAAAGGGAACAUUCCAACUUGGAUAGGGCAGCUUUCAAAGCUUAAGAUUUUGAUCUUGAGAUCAAAUAGAUUUGAAGGCAUAAUACCUUUAGAAGUCACAACACUGCCACUUCUUCAAAUCUUGGAUCUUUCAUCCAACAAAUUUUCAGGAAUCAUUCCCGCCACCAUUUCAUCUUUACAGGCCAUGAAAAACCAAACAGUAACAGCUGAAAUAUUUGAAGCUAGUACAGUUUUUGGCGACAUUUUCUAUGUGGAUCGAGUGACAGUCAUUAACAAAGCACAAGAAUUGGAGUAUGUAAGGUCAUUGGCACUGGUAAAAUGUAUUGAUCUAUCAAACAACAAUUUAGCAGGUGGAAUUCCUCCAGACAUGGGAUUGCUCGAUGGUUUGGUUAUUCUUAAUAUUUCAAGAAACCAUAUUACGGGUGAAAUCCCGAAGAGUUUGGGGAAAAUGCUACAAUUGGAGUCUCUUGAUUUGUCACACAACCAACUGUCUGGAAAUAUCCCUUUGGAGCUGCAAUCACUCACAUUCUUGGGUUACCUGGGCUUGUCCUGCAAUCAUCUUUCUGGUAGGAUACCACAAGGGGGACAAUUCUACACAUUUGAGGCAUCAUCCUUUUCAAACAAUUCAGGCCUGUGCGGCCUCCAACUCAAUACAACCUGUUGCGGCCUUCACCAAAGUAAACCUUGUCCGCCAAAUAUAGAUGUUGAUAAGAUGGAUGAAGAAGAAGAAGAAGAAGAAGAGAAGGAUACAUGGUGGGCAGUUGGUCUGGGAAUGAGCUUUGCAGUUGGGUUUUCAAUUCCUCAGCCAAAUCUGAAUGUGCGGGUGAAGGGCGAAGUGCAGGGUGCGUUUAUCUUUCUACACUUUAGAGAGAAGAUAAUGGCGGCGCUGGUAGUUUUAGGGCUUGCUGUUGUGUUAGGCGUUUUCAGUAGGGGUCAUGUUGUUUAUGGUUCGGGCUGGACUAAUGCCCACGCUACCUUUUAUGGAGGCAACGACGCAACUGGAACUAUGGGUGGGGCUUGUGGGUAUGGAAUUCUUUACAGCCAAGGAUAUGGCACUAAAAUAGCAGCACUGAGUACUGAGCACUGA